AUGUCUGUGGAAUUUUGGCAAACUAAAUUUCAAGUCCUACCUCCCCGUGGUGAUUCGCUGAUAUUUUUCAGCGAAUUUUAUUGUGGAAAUAAAACAAAGAAUUCAGCUAAAGUGGCGGGGGCAUCAAAUAAUAAUGGGAAAGGGGGCCGUCAAGCUGCCCCAGUCGAUGUGGGGUCACCUCUGCUCGACUGGGAGGAGGGAGAUCAUUUCAGCUUUGAAGACUCUGAACGAUUUGAAGAGGAUUCCUUGUGCAGUUGGAGCUCGGAGCCCGAAAGCCUAUGCAAUAAUUGGCGAGGAUGGCGGAGACCCAAUCCUCCGAUGUGCUUUGUACCGCGUCCUAUAAAAAAACCAGUUCAAGACAAAACAGUAUCAACCUUGAGUGAGCUUGCAGCCAAAUGUGUUGCUCGUCACAUACCAUUUGAGUUGGUAGAACAUGUCUAUCCACCAGUGCCAGAACAAUUGCAGCUACAGAUUGCCUUUUGGAGCUUCCCAGACAGCGAAGAUGACAUUAGACUAUAUUCUUGCCUCGCCAGCGGCUCUGCUGAUGAGUUUCAAAGGGGAGAACAUCUUUUUAGGGACAGAUCUGUCAAGGAUGUAUUACAAAUUGGAUUCCACCUGUCAGCUACAGUUAUGCUUAACAUGCCACGAACACAGUUUAAUGUGGCAGUGACAUUUGACCGACAGCGGAUAUCAUCUUGCAACUGCACGUGUUCUUCGACCGCACACUGGUGCUCACACAUUGUUGCAGUCUGUCUUUACAGGAUACAUUUGCCAACACAAGUAUGUCUUCGUGCUCCAGUAUCAGAGUCCCUACAACGGCUAAGACGAGACCAACUGCAGAAAUUCGCACAAUACCUCAUAUCAGAGUUGCCACGUCAAGUACUGCCAACCGCGCAACGUAUACUCGACGAGUUGUUGUCAGCACAACCCAACCCCAUCAACACCACUUGUGGGGCACCCGACCCCACAGCUGGUGCGUCGGCCUAUGAAUACACCUCAUGGUUUCUCGAUGAGAAGACUUUGCACAACAAUAUAAAUAAGAUUUUAGUCAAGUUCUGUGUACCAGCUCCAAUAGUAUUUAGUGACGUGAACUAUUUAAGUACAAGUGCCCCACCUGCCGCGGCAGAAUGGUCGUCGCUGCUGAGACCAUUGCGUGGGCGAGAGCCCGAGGGAAUGUGGAACUUAUUGUCCAUCGUCAGGGAGAUGUUUAAACGAAGCGACAGAAACGCCAUACCGCUUUUAGAGAUCAUCACAGAGGAAGUCAUGGCUUGUGAACAGAUCAUAGUAUGGUGGUACAGCACCAAGGCGGCGCUAGUGGCGUGGGGCGGCGGCGGCGGCGGGAAGCACGGGGGAGGGGGAGGGAACUCCUCCGCGCAACACGCCUGCUCCUCGUUGUGUGACGAGGUUGUAGUUCUAUGGCGUCUGGCCGCUUUGAACCCAGGACUGGCACCUUAUGAGCGCGACACGCUUCACGAGCAAUUUGCUCAGUGGCACAUGAAGGUCCUGGAUAAGGUGGCAAAGAACCGCAACAACCACAUGGGCAGCUCGUCCCACGCGCGGCACGCGCGGGCGCACGCGCACCCGCCGUACAUCAACGGCAUCAGCGAGAACGAGGUGUUCCCCGGCUUCCACCCCGCCAUGGAGGCCUGCUUCCUCGAGUGGGACGACUACCAGAUACCCGGAGUCACCUACACCAACGAGUUGAACCCGCUGUAUCACAGCCCGUUCACUAUAUUCAGACAUGUUGAUAAGCAGAAUGAGAGUGUUCAUCAGGUGAACUCAUCAAAAGCGGUUCUCAACAAUGAGAUGUCUCUCAGUUACCGUCUGACGAAUCCCGACACCUCGAUGCAGGGUCACCGUACCCUGGUCAACAGAAAUAGCCGCGUUAACGUCGAUCUAGCCAUGCCCGGACCCUCGGGACAACCUUGUGGUUCCAGCGAGGGCCCCGGCGAGGUCCCUAGGGAAUCCGGCCCGAGUGAUGGUAAUCACUCAAGUGUAUCUUCUGAAGGUUUCUGCGAAAAUGAGGAAGAGAUUCUGCAGCAAAGCGGCGGCGACACUGAUUCGCAAGAAUCCAGUUCUCCGCCUGUGUCUUCUGAUGACGCUCAGAGGAGAGUGUCGAAUGACGAUUCUGUGUCCGAUGAUGAUUGCAACAUGUACUUCUAUGAUACCGCGGCGGCGAGACGAGUCGCCGGGGAAGGAUCCAGUGCAGCUGCAACGGCGUCAGCCAGCGGAUCCGGCGCGGGAGCCUCGGGCUCCAUGUCCCAGGGCGCCAUCAGCUCCUUGGACGGCUGGGAGUGCAGCUGGGAGGUCGCCUUCGCACGUGCUGAGGGUCUACAGGCUCACGGUUACGCGCGCGAGGCAUGCGCCCUGGGCGCCCGGCUGGCGCGCGAGCUGCUGGCGCGGCCGCCCGCGCUGGGCGGGCCGGGCGCCAGCGCGCCGCCGCACGACCCGCGCAAGGCGCGCCGCCGCCACGCGCCGUCCCCGCGCCUCUGCGCCGCCAGCCACCGCCUGUCGUGCCUCGCGUCCGCCACGCUCGCCAAGUGCGCCUUCCUGUGCACCGUGCUGGCAGAGUUCAGCGAACAUCACGAAUUGGCUUUCCGCGUGGGCUUGUUCGCUUUAGAAAUGGCGCGACCGCCAGCCAGUACUAAGGCUUUAGAGGUGAAGUUGAACAACCAAGAGACGGAGUUGGUUGCUUUGCUGAAAAAGCUGCCUACUGGACCAGAACAAUUGGCAUUGGCAAGGGAAAAGGCUGAACAACUGAGAGAGGGUACUCUUAGGAACCGCGGGCCGGCAUUAUUGCCCAUUGCAUUGGCAAGCUUUUUGUUCGACGUUCUCGUUUUGUCUGCAACGGAUAAAGAAAACAAACAUCCGGCAAGACUACCAUCCGACGAGAUACUCGGUUUUGAGGCAGCCGUUGCAGCUCUAGGGCUGAAAGCCAAUGUGUCUGAGGCCGAACAUCCUCUGCUGUGCGAAGGCACGAGACGGCAACGUGGCGAAUUAGGGCUCACACUGUUGUCCUUUUAUAAGGACGAUACUGUGAAGUUGCCAAGGAUCAUGAAUAAGCUCCUCGAUCGCGACAUCCAUCAACUGACAAAAGGGCCGAUGGUCAGCGUGUACUACACGAACAACCCCAAGCUUACUGCGUACCGCGCCGACGUACAACAACCCACCUAUCCGGUCCAUCCUCAGUAUCCCCACCCGCCACAUCAGCAUCCUCCGCAUCCGCCGCACCAGCAGCAUCCGCCGCAUCCACAACAUCCACAACAUCCGCCACAUCCGCCACAUCCUCAACAUCCGCAGCAUCCGCAACAUUCGCAGCAUCCGCAACAUUCGCAGCCUUGUAUGGCGCCAGCGCCGCCGUGCCAGAUGGUGGGUGACAUGGACCGCCUCGUGCUCGCGGACAUGGAGCGGCUGGUGGUGGUGGAGGGCGCGUCGCCCCCCGCGCCGCACCCGCCCGCGCACCCGCCGCACCCCGCGCACCCGCCGCACACUGCGCACCCCCCGCACCCGUCGCAUCCCCCUCACCCGCCGCACCCGCCGCUCAACAGGGCCAAGGACUCGAGAUACAAAGGCAAACGCGUAUAUCCAUCAGUGCCCAACCAGCCUUCCGAAGCGUCUGCGCAUUUCAUGUUCGAGUUGGCGAAAUCCGUGUUGUUCAAAGCUGGUGGAUCGUCAAGCACCAGUCUGUUUACGCAGACAUCUUGCGCUAGGGAACAUCAUGGGCCCCACCGUGGCUUGCAUAUGGCUGCCUUUCAGCUGGGCCUCUACGCACUUGGCCUUUUGAACUGCGUAAUUCCUAAUUGGCUUAGUCGCACGUACUCUUCACACGUUAGUUGGAUUACAGGACAAGCCAUGGAUAUUGGCGCACCAGCGAUUUUAUUCCUGAUAGAUGCUUGGGAAGGUCAUUUGACACCACCUGAAGCUGCCAGCAUCGCUGAUAAGGCAUCUUCAGGCCGUGACGUAGCCACCGUUCGUGCCGCAGCCGAACUGGCAUUAUCAGUAUUGCCUCACGCCCACGCACUCAACUACAACGAGAUCCAGCGCGCCGUGCUGCAGUGCAAGGAGCAGAGCGACGCCAUGCUGGAGCGCGCCUGCCUGACCGUGGAGGCCGCCGCCAAAGGCGGUGGCGUAUAUCCUGAAGUUCUAUACACAGUCGCUCGAUACUGGCACGAGUUAUACCUACGGCAAGCUAAUGAAGAACCGGAACCGGCCGAAGAGCCGCAGUUCCGGGCCGUGCCGUCGGUCGCCGUGCCCGUGCCGUAUCCGUUGCCGUAUCCGUUCCCGUAUCAUCCGUAUCCGCCGCCGAUAUACCAAUUACAGUACGGAGGAGCGCCAGCGCCCCACCCCGCGCCGCAGUACGCGCUGCCGCCGUACUUUGUCCGCGGCAUCGUGGCGCCGCCGCCGCAUCCUGCGCACGCGCCGCACGUGGCGCACGCGCCGCAGAUCGCCGUCAAUCAGCAUCCCGCGCCGAUUCCCCCUCCAGUUCAGGCCGCACACAACAACGUUGCUAACGUAUCCAACAUGGCGGCCGUGCCCGUCAACCCCGCCAACGUGAACAACCCGCCCGUGGUUAACGCCCCCGUCGCACCCCCCGCCCCCGGGCCCCCUCCACUACCGCAGGCGCAGCUAAGGAGGCUUCUGGCGGCGUACAGAGUGGGGAUGUUGGCGUUGGAGACUCAAGCUAGACGGGUGCAUGAUGACAGGCCGCAGAAUAAGUUUGGAAGAAACCCGCCUUACGGAGAACAUGUGAAAUGGCUGCUCCGCAUCUCCAAACAUUUGGGCGCCCAGUACCUUCAUCAGUUUUGCGUGUGCGCAGUGAACUCUGUCGUAUCGCCGUUUGUGUUGUACGAGCUUUGUGUGGAGUCGGCACACUGGCUCGCACGCGGCGGGCCGCAUCAGCUGGUCAUGCAGCAUUUGAGAGGAACAUUGGCGCCUCUCGUUCAGAAGUGCCAGCAAAUGUACAUUCAAUGCAUACAUCAAAAGUUGUACCACUUGACAGCUGUAGAGUAUGAAGAGUUUGUGAGCAUAGUUUUGUCGGCGCGCACGGCGUUCCAAUUGACGCCUGAAGGCAACACGCAGUUCAAAGAGUGGCUUGCUUCUUUGCGCAGGUCAAAAUCAUGCAAGAAGGAUCUGUGGACACAACUGAAUGCGGCUCUGCAGACGAACGGCAAAUGACGUCGGCAGCCGAUAGUUUGUAUGGUGCGGUGUUCCGCGCGCAAACUGUCACAAUACAGGCGAUGGCCGCGAUACCGGCUCGUAUACCACUUACACACUCUCUAACUAUAUUAUAAGCUGUGUUAUUUGUAAUUUCAGUGACCGUUUCAAUGAACAAACUUACAUGUAUCGUUAAAGCCAAUAGGACUUUUUGCCAGACUAUUACAGUAUUGACAUGAAUAUGGGUGUUAUUAUAUUAGCUAUGAAUCUUCUACGCGUUUAGAAUAUCUUAGCUUCACUAGAUAUUUACCCGGCAUCACCAAUAUUAAUGAAAUUAGUAUUAGUUCAUCCUACACUAAAAUUACAAAUGACAUAACUCUUUGAUUCGAUGAUCAAAGGAAUACCGCCGAUAGUUCAACACUCGUUUUGAGGGUAAACGAUCUCAAUAUUAACGAACAGUUUCUGGUUCAUGCCCACACAAAUGUUGCUAACUCCUCGCAUUGUAUGAGUAUAUCGUAGAGUAUUUGAUACGCUCAUUUAUUGACUAAACGAUUGGAAUUUCGCAUGGAGUUACAGUGAAGUUGACGAGCGCAUCAUCGAAAAAUAGAUCUCAACUUGUAAAUAUUGUAUUCGUAAAUCAUAAUCAUCACGCAGCAUUCAUUUUGUUACUAACGCAGAGAGGUUACAAGCUCAUUUUGAAGGUUGUGCAUAAAAUAGUCUUGAGAUAUGAUUGUAAUUGUUGUUCUUAUUAUAGCAAGUCAUAAAGAACACGUGUGUUUAAGGAGUUUAGCAACAUUUAUCUAACUAAUGUGCAAUGUGUGACUGAACGACAUCUCGACUUACUAUGUAUGGCGUGUCUUAUAUAUUUAUUUUAGGCUUUGGCCGUUAUCUAUGACCGCGACUUAGCUAAGGUCUUCGUAUUAAUAGUUUGCACGUGAGGCUAGCGUGCCAAGCAAUUAGUAAACUUUAUAUUUGAUUGCACAAAGUCUUUUUAACUAUACGUCCGCUUCAAUUCUCAGUCUGUUACCUAGUCAAAGGAUUUAUGUUUUUGAAAGAUUAGCAAAACUAAAUGAUAAUUUCUCUGGUAUGAUACAUAUUUUUUUAUUUCCGAAAAACGAUAGAAAUACCUAAUAUGUAAGUUAAUGAUUCUUUACUUCAAGACGACAGGAGUAAUGCUUGCACUUGUGUGUCUAAUUUUAAUACGCCGAGUCUGUAUCAUUAUUAAUCGAAAUCAUCUUUUUGCCUUUUGUAUCAUUCAGUUAUGGUUAAAUUUUAUUAAUUUUUUAGUUAAAUUAUGGUUGUUGGCAACUGGUAUUGAUAUCACCUAUGAAACUAGGUAAAAAAGUGAAUUAUUUCCGCGAUUAUGAUGCCCUGUAAUUUCAAAUUAUCGAUCAUAGAUAGUUAAAUAAGAUACCUACUUCAAUUAAACAUUAAUUCCGUCUAUUGUACUUUACAAAUUGUAAUUGUUACAAUAAAGAGUAAAUAAAUAAACUUCGACGGUUCCUCAUUAAAAUAUAACGAUUCAAUACAGCAGUUGCUUGCAUCCAUUUAGCGAUUUUAAUAAAGAUCUCUGUAACAUGUUUAUUAUUAAGUUUCUAGAAAUAUUUUCUUUCCUUGAUGUAUGUAUUUUCUUUUUUGUUCUUAUUAGUAUAUAUUUCUUGCUUUUUGCCUGAGCAUACUUGUAUGUUUUUACGAUAAAUCCUUGAUUAGAUUAAAAUUUGGCUAUUGAUGCGCGAUAUACAUUUUAAAAUUUAUAUAAAUGUUAUCAAAACCAUGAUGCUUUUUUAUAUCCUACUAUACAAAAGCAUCAUAAUUGGAUAAGACUCAAAAUUUUAAUGUAUCGCACACAAAUGAAUUAGGUUUCAAAAUUGAUAAAAAUAGUCCAUAUUAUAUUGAGGGUUGCUCUGGUAAUUGCAAGUGACCUAAAAUAUUGUCAUUAGACUACAGAAUAUAAGGCAGAAUGUAAAUGAUAACCGUCGAUACACUAUUUUUGAUAUUCUCUUGUCGAAAUUUGCAGUUUCAAUGUUUAAAUUAUGACGUCUUGCAAGAUAUAUGUAGACGUGCGUUCGAGUAACUAUAGUAACUUUAUUUACACGUUUAUAUUAUAUUAUUAUAUUGUAAUGCAAAGUAGCGUUUUGGGAGCCUUCGGAAUAUAACUAUAUGGUAUAGGACGUUCGAGUUGGCAACAAAUCAUACAUCAAGUCUCGUCGCUGAAUCAUCAGUAAAAUGAUCAGCUGAUUCUUGAAAGUACUUCCUAAUAAAUUUUUAAAGAUCAAUACCGUCUCUAAAUCAUUUCAACGUCAGAUGUUAAAUAUUAAAUUUAUUCUAUAAAUAUCAAAACGUAUUUCACUGCGUAUAUGUUAUUUAGGGAAUAUGAUAAUUAAAAAUAAAUUGAUAAUGUUAAUAAGAUCUUCCAACCAUAAAGCAAUAUUAAAAUAUCAUUUUAUACGUAUAUUUGAUAAAUCAUUGUAAGCUGAUAAUAUUAUACAUAUUGUAGUGAUUUUUAUCAGAAUAUACUAUUGUAUUGAGACAUGCAAAAUGAAAGUAUAAAAAGGACGCAGUUAGUAUACUUAACAAUAAUUCUAAUCGCGUGGAAUGAAAAAGUAUAAUGCUGAGAAAAGUAUGCUUAGCCCGCAAGAUGUAUACUAUACAUGUGGCAUGAAUGAAAUAGAUAAAAUAAACAGUGGAAUGUCAUCGUGCCUAUUUUAUAUGUCGAUAGGACAGCGGGAAAUGCGCCGGUGCAAUUUGUGCCUUGACACGGGUUUCAAGUCGUUUUUAAACCGUCUCCGAUCAUAAUGUAUGCGUGUUUAUACCGAUAUUUGUACGUAGCAACGAAUUACUUAAUACAUAAUCCGAAGACGAUAUCGUUAUCGUCACCUAACGUAGGUCCAUUUCAGUCCGUAAGUAGUAUUGUUCUGUAGGCAUUAGAAUAGGCAAGAUAUUUACUUCAGCUAACUAUAGAAAUCUGACAUUGAAAUGAUACGUUUGUUGCCAGUCGACUCGGGCGUCGAGUAGUUUUAGUUUGAUAUCCUUAUAAAUUAGAUGUUUAUGUGCAUUCAUUGAAUCGUGAAUGUAUUUGGCAUUCAGUAGAUAGUAAAUUUUAGAAUGCUAGUUAGUAUAAAUUGACGUUCGUAACAAUUUGAAUAGAGCUAAGCAGUUUUAUUUCAUCUUUAAACUGAGAGAUUUUUCUGGUAUGAGAGCGAAUGGUUCAGAAGUAUUUCUAUAAUAAGUAUUUUUGAAGGGCGUUGCGUUAUUCCAGUAUGUUUUCUUAGCAGUACAGUUUUUGCUGUAACUAAUGCAUUCAGUGGUAUAUUGUCCGAUAUCGACAGUCGCAAAGGAAGGCUAAUCGUGCGAAAAACUUUUAUAGUUUGUAAAAUUAAGAAGUACAAAUUUUACGUGUGUUAUUCGGUGGUGCUUGUUGAGUGUUUGGUCUUAAGAACUUAUUAUAUUUAACAAUUUUUAUCGGUCUAAUUGUAAGUUCUCUUAUACAUAUAUGAGACAAAAUAAAAAUUAUUGUUUUUAGUUUAAAGCUCUAUGAGUCGAGUGUUGCUCAUUUAAAUAAGGUUCAACAAGUAUUAAGUUUUCAUUUACAAAUCUUCCAAAGGCAGAUUACGGCGCGAGUCACUUCAAUAUUUACUCAGAUAAACUUCCUUUGCGGCGAAGAAUAUUGAACAAACAAUUAAAUGCGAAAAAAGAAUACAUAGUUUCUCUAACGAUUUGCCGUCCAUGAUUAUUUGCAAAUCAGUAUCUACAUACUAAGCAACUACUAUACUUUGCAAUGUCUCCUAUAAAUACUAUUCAAAUUCAUAUAUAAUUAUUUAUAUGAUAUUAUCACAGAUUCUUAUAAUAAAUUCUCCGUACGCAUUACUGAAAAUCUUAAGUAUAAUUUUGUUUAUUAUCAAGUUAUGCUACAUUUCUCCAUAUGGCGUUAAAGAGUGCUUUGACAUUUGUCUCAAAGAACUAUUUUUACACUAAAGCAUAUUUAAUGAUUAAAAAAAAGAUAAAUAUAUCGUUAGUUUGGUAAUUAUAGAAUGUUAGUACGGAACAUAUUUUAAUUAGUCGUUUAAUGCAUGUUCAUAGUUUGUAAUUUGCCCAGUAUCCGAGUUUGCGGGGUGUCUUAUUUGAUGUUGUGCUAUUCUCAUUUUGCAUGUUGUUGAUAUCACAUAUCAUUUGGAUUUGACACGAAUCUGUACCUACUCUUUUAAAAUUUCCUUCAGAUUUUAAGCGCAUAAUACAUUUACACUAUAAAUAUAUUUCUACUAUUAAAAUUGAAGUCGGAUUAUUACGUACUUAUCUGGAUUUAAAAAAUUAUAUAGGGGACAUACAGUUGACUGAACGUUAUAAUACUAUCGUCAUGUAGCAUCUUGACAGUUAUUAGUACUUUUUACUGAAGGCAAAGUUGCCAUGAGUGCCUAAAGAAAUAGAGCUGGUAGUUCUUGUCCCUUAGAAGUGACGAUUGUUUGUAUGUCUCUCCACAUCUCAAUACCUUGUUCGUGAUUUGUGUGAGUACUGUUAUAAAAGUACAUUUAUCUAUUGCAAUAUAUACCUGUCUAUUUUAAUGCAAUUUUUGAGUUAAAUUUCACGGAGUUACUCUCGCUGAAGAUCCUGUACUCAAUACUCAAGAUAUUCUUAGUACUACGUCACAUCACAGUCAGUUAGGUUACCGAGGAUUACAGAAUGGCAAAUCUGUUUAGUUCUAAAUCGAUGAUGCAUAAUUAUUUUAUACAUCUGGAUUCGUAGUUUAAUUAAUACACUUUGUAAGUGUGGUAUCUCCGCCUAUUAAAGUAUGUAACCAUUGCAGAUUUGGAAUGGCUACUUGUUAGUACGUACGUAAAAUAUUAUUAUAUUUUUAUUGUUCAUAUCGCAUAUUUUGUAUUUGCAAUCGCAAGGAGGUACAGUGAGAAGAAAUAACUGUUUGUUAUCGCAAAUGUAAAUUAUUGGAUAUUGUUCGUUAAUGCUCACAGUUGUAUCUCGGAAUUCUCGGAUAGUCCGAAUCGUAAUUCGACUUCAGGGAGCUGAUGCCGCAAACAGUUUUAUCUUCGCGCCAUAGGGUUUGAUUUGCAAGCUGUUCAAAAUAUUCAUCUUGCUGGGCGUAAGACUGAUAUGAGCACUUUUUGAAAUAGUCGAUUCUGAAAGUCCUAUUUAAAUCCGCAGGGUGUCUGAAAACAGUAUCCGUAUGUAGCUUUCCGUAUAUUUGAGACCUAAUCCAGGUGUCACCCCAAUGUUUGAUAAUUGUUUUAUGACAUCCUGAUUAAAUACAAGUGCCCAUUAUAUAAUAUUUAUUAAAAUAUAUAGCACUAGACAUUUUGCUCCGUUGUCGCAAAUGGUUGUAAUUAUAAAAGUAUAGUUAAUAUUAAUUAGUGAAAAACAAGUAAAAAGAUAGACUGUUUUGCACGUUUCUAGUUUGACAUUCGAUUGUUACUGUCUUGUACACUGGUGGCCGCUGCCGGAGCGCUUCGUGCUGGCAAGUUGAUGUCUGAUGACGGCAGCGCGCCGCAUUCUGGUAUUUUAUCUAUGGCAAUAUCCCACUUAUAUAACAAUGUAUGCUCCCACUCAAACUCAAAAUAUUUUGACCUCUAGAACAUUUUUUAUUAUUACUUUUACUAUUACCCAUAUUAUAAGUCUUUUUUGGCAAAAUAUUUGAAGUAACAUUAUUUAAUUAUUCAAUAUACUUAUUCUAUAUUAAGA